ACACUCGCUUCUGAUGCCUAUCAAUGCUUCGUGAGGAAAUUUUAUUUACGAAGCUCUGCCGCGAUUCUGAUCUUCGUUUCGGCAUGCGCCGAUGCUCCAUUGUUGUUGUUUUUACUUAAUAUGUGCACAUUUAUUGUCACGUUAAUUGGUAUUUAAUUAAACGUCAACGAUUGCAAGCGUGUUUAUUCCGUCGUCAGCGCUCGAGUCGAGCGGUUUGUGUAACGUGCGCAGUGGAAAAUUUGAGAUUGCGAGCAAAACAAAAAACACAAAGGAGCCGGCAACACAGAGCCAGACAACCAAGAAGCGAACACAAAAGAAAGGACAAGAUUACAAAUAAGAAGUGUCAUCGCAAAAAAAGUGACAGAAAAAUAAAACAAUUGUGGAGUUGAAUUUCAAUGUGCUAUUUGUUCGCAAUAAUUGUGUUAUUGUAUUAUCAACGCGAUUAUCAAAAUCUAUUUAAUAAGCGAACUAAGUGAAAACAGAAGCAACACAAAUCGCCCGAAACAAAUCAUACGAUACGAUUUUAAUAUUUUUACUACAUACAUACAUAAUAUUUAUGUAUGUAUGUAAGUUGUUUGUGCGAAUUACGGGUCGCGACAUCAACAAUGUCUGGUUAUAAUAUAGAGUGCGAGUAGAGCGCAGUACAAACACAACAUACACUCAGCUUCCGAGCAGCGUAAUCACUGCAGUGUGACAGAUACAAAUACAGACUAGGGAAUUACUGCAAAGGGUGGGGAGACGCUGUCGGAGACGCUUUGACGCUCAUCACUCUUUUCCACAACGAAUACAUAUCAGAAUAGUUUAUAAAAUCGUGUGGCGCAGUGGCGUCUUAAUUACAGCUAUUAAAAAAGGAGACGCUGGCCGUGAAUUUGACCAGUAGCCUCACCUCUAUCGCGCAAUCAUGUUGUCGAGUGUUUUAAACUUUAUCCAGUGCGUCGCCGAGAUUUCUUUGCUCGGUGGCAUUGAGAUCGCUUCAGUUGCACUGGUUGUUUACUACGUCUUUGCAAAAACUAGAGCUUCUGCAAUUAUCGCACGUUUGUUUCCCAAUUUGAAACUAAGCUAUCGCACGUCACUGGGCAAGUUCAACAGCAUCGGCAGCGAUAUUCUUUACACGCUGCGUGCAUCAAAUGAGCCGAAAGCACAAAGUUCGGUUAACCAUGGCAUUGGCACGGAGAAUAUGUUACAGGUGACACCGCAUGCGGGUUUAAAGCCACUGAAAAGUAGCUUGGACUGGGGCAUAUUGUUUCCUUAUGUGGCGCAAGUUUGGCGCAGCGAAAAAUUUGACUACCGCCAAGUCACGGAGAUCGUACACAACGAUGCCGUUCUAAAGCAUGCCAUUAAACAGGCCGCCGAGCAAACGUUACGUGAUCAACGCUAUGCUCAAAAUGGCCAUCGCAUACUCGGACGCAGCAUCAGUGGUGAACAGACUGAGGAAGAAGAUACCAAAGCAGGAAUCUCGUAUCAAAAGAUUUUACGCAAGCAGGAACAGCGUGCUAUGACUAUACUUAAGGAGAUGGGAUCCACAUUGAACAACGCUUUGUUGGCCCUGACCUCUUGGGUACUAUACAAACUCUUGCCGUGCUUUUUAUCCGGUGUAGUGACCAAUACCAAGCAAAUCGAAAUGCUCAAAAAUGUGUCGAAGCGUGCACCCGAUACGCCACUAAUUUUUGUGCCGCUGCAUCGCAGUCAUUUGGACUACAUCAUGGUGACCUGGAUACUGACUAACAAUGACAUUCGCAGUCCGUUGGUGGCCGCUGGUAAUAAUUUGCAAAUACCUGUUUUUGGAUCACUGCUGCGUGGCCUAGGCGCCUUUUUCAUAAAACGUAAAAUUGAUCCCGUGGAGGGCAAGAAGGAUGUACUCUAUCGCGCUGCUCUACACUUGUAUCUAACACAUGCACUGAAGCAAGGCCACAAUGUGGAGUUCUUUAUUGAAGGCGGACGAACACGUACCGGCAAACCAUGCAUGCCCAAGGGCGGUAUACUCUCCGUUAUUGUGAAUGCUUUUAUGGAUGGCAGCAUUCCAGAUGCACUGCUAGUGCCUGUAUCUGUGAACUACGAACGGCUUGUCGAUGGCAACUUUGUGCGCGAGCAGAAAGGUGAACGCAAGGUGCCGGAGACUUUUCGCAAGGCCAUCUCUGGAAUUUGGCAGGCACUUAACUCCAACUACGGACUGAUGCGCAUUGACUUCAAUGAGCCCUACUCCAUACGUGAACUGGUCAGCUCGUAUAAUAAAAUAGCACUCGAGGAAGGCAGCAACAAGUUGUACAAGCCUACAGCCAAAACGUUGCAGCAUAACCAAUCCACUUCAUCGUUGUACGGCACCGAUGUUGUUUGCGAGGAGCAUCGCAAUCUCAUUGAGAGCAUCUCGCGUCAGGUAGUCUUUGACUGCGCCGCUGCCACCUCUGUGAUGUCUACCAAUGCAUUGGCUUUUUUGCUGCUAACGCGUUAUCGCCAAGGCGCUACCGAACAGAAACUGUCUGCUGCUUUGGAUGAUUUGCGCAAUUCGCUGAUUGGUUGCAAGGACUUGGGUUUUUCUGGCGAGUCAUCACAUGUGCUGGCAUAUGCUUGUGACUUGUUAGGACCAGGCUUGGUCACACGCACACGAGAUGAGCAGGGUCAUAUGUUUAUACGCGCUGCGAGCAGAGUGGAAAGCUUUAUUGAGUUGGCCUAUUACUCAAACAUGCUGACGCCGCACUUUGCAUUGAGUUCCAUAUUGUUAACCACCUAUCAUUCGCUCUUACCUGAAGCAACAAGCAGCAGCAGCAGCAUUGAUGCGCCACCUAGUGUACCGCGCCAGAAACUUAUAGACACUGCACUCGAAAAUUGUCUGGUCUAUCGCUAUGAGUUUAUAUUGAAUAAACCUACACAAGUGCUGGAACGCAUGCUGCAAAAGCACUUGGACGAUCUUCUCAACAGUGGCUAUAUAUGUCGCAAAGAGUUGCCUGAAGCAGAGAAUGCGUUACAAGCACGUCGCAUAGCGCGAAAUUAUGAGCUGGAUGAGCAUGACGACGAUGAUGAUGAUGAGGUUCGCUCACAAAAAGCUUAUGGCUUGGAUGAGCUAUUGCUGCUGUCCACAGAAACUUUACAGCAGCAGCGUUAUCUCUGUGAAGUAUUGGCCCCGUUUAGUGCUACUUAUCUGGCCGUGGUGCAAGCGCUGCAAAUACUACAUCACAGCUCCAUGCUAGAGUCUGAGUUCAUUGGCUUUGUGAUUAAUGAUCUAAGCAACAAAGUCAAGUCGGGCAGCUGUAUUUACGCUGAAAGCAUCUCGACUGAUUCGGUGCGCAAUUGCUUGAAGCUGCUGGAGAAGUGGUCUGUGAUCGAGGUGUGCCAUCAGAGUGGCAUGCGUUUAAUCUCGCUCAAUACGCUCUAUGAGAUGUCCCGCGAAUCGCUCAGCUCCAUUGUCAAGAAGAUUGAGGCCGUAGUGCCAAAAUUCCAAACGGGUUACUUUAGCCAAAUAAUAAGCAAAGACUCGCCUGUUUAGGCAACACAAGAGAUUUUUCUUUUCUUUUUUAUUAACUUUAUUUUGGCAUACAUUUCAGUUGAGUUGCGUGAGUUUAGUAGUAUGUUUUAUGAAUAAGCAAAGUGUGCAUACUCUUAGAACUAAGGUUUUUAGUUUCUUUUUUGUUUUAGUCACUUGUUUGCCAAAGAGCUAGCCACAUUUACUUUAUUUAGGCAGCUAAGAGACAGUACCAAAAUUUGAACAAAUUUACCUACUAAUUAACUGUAUAUGAUAAUAAUGAUAUAUAUAUAUUUUUUCUAUACGCCGCUGUGUGUGCAAACCAUGCAUAUUUUGUGUAUAUAUUAAUUCGUAAUUUUAGCAUUAAUGAACUGAUUUGAAAAAUAAAAUACAUUUUU